GAUAAAUCAAAUGCCACAGGUUUAACCAUUGACUUUGGGACUAAUCUUCAAGUCUACAGUGGGCGGAAGUGCAGUGCACCCACUUCCGCUGCAGUGCCGAGGGCCCUAACUGUUCUUCAGUCUCUUAUCGGUUUGUUUGUCCGUAAUAUCGGAGACAGGGAGAGAAGCCUCCACGUCCUCGGUCUCAUUUGUUCCCCCUUGGACUCCGCGGCUGAACCAUGAACGCGGGCGGGCAGAACGACAAUUUCGGCCCGGUGCCGUUUUCUCCAGGGGCCACCGUGUUAGUAGAAGUGAGUGCUGAUAUCCACAUUUGUGGCAUCUGCAAGCAACAGUACAACACGUUAGAUACGUUUGUGGCCCACAAGCAAAAUGGCUGCCAUCUGGGUACAGCUGCAGGCCCAAAUUCUGUUCAGUUUGUGGCAGAGGCAACGACAUCAGCAACCCAGACUCAGACUGCUACAAGUACCAUUACCGCACAGACGCAGACUAUGUCAGUUUCCAGCCGUUUGUCAGAGUUUGGCUUUGAACAAGGCUAUCAGACUUAUCUACCAAGUACCAGCAGUGCAGGUUCAGUUGCCAAUCUAUCCCUAGGACGCACCAGACUUACUGCAAAAGCAUCGAAAUCAAAUUCAACACCACUGAAGAAGUUAACGUGCUGUUAUCCUGGUUGUGCAUUUCAAACAUCCCAUGGAAAUAAAGAUUUAGAUCGACAUUUAAGAACUCACACAGGUGAAAAACCAUUCAAGUGUGAUCUUUGCAACAAGAGAUUCAGUCGCCUAGAUAAGCUGAAGAUGCAUAAUCGUUCACAUACUGGAGAGAAGCCACACAAGUGCCAGCACUGUAAUUAUGCUGCUGCUGACAGCAGCAGCCUGAAAAAGCACCUCAGGAUCCACUCUGAUGAGCGUCCAUUUAAGUGCCAGAUAUGUCCCUAUGCCAGCCAUAGCUCCAGUCAGCUCAUUAUUCAUCUUCGCUCUCACACUGGUGAUGCUCCUUUCCAAUGCCAAUUGUGUGAUGCUAAAUUUAAAAUCAAUUCGGACCUAAAGAGACAUAUGCGUAUCCAUUCUGGUGAAAAACCGUACCAGUGUGACUACUGUGAUUAUCGCUGUGCCAUGAAGGGGAAUCUCCGAUCUCAUGUUCGUGUGAAGCAUAGCAUGGAGAAUGCUUUCAAGUGCCCUCACUGUGACUUCCAGUGUGGCAAUAAAUCCACUCUUCGGCAGCACAUGAGGUCUCACCAGCCAGAUAAGCCGAUAAAGUGCUUGCAAUGCAGCUACUCCUGUUCCAGUAAGGGAUCUCUGAAGGUACAUGAAAGAAUUCAUUCUGAAGAUCGACCUUUCAGAUGCAGAUUUUGCUGCUUUGAUUCAAAGCAACGGAGUAAUCUACUUAUGCAUAUGAAGAAACAUCAUAUAGGUAAGGACAAGACUGGUGCAGGGAAGAAAGAUAUUGAUGGUCAUAAACAAAACAGUUCAAGGUUAGUGGUCAAACUGGAUGCCAAAAAGCCUUUCAAAUGUGACUUGUGUGAAGCAAGUUUUGUCAGGGAAGAUUCACUACGCAGCCAUAAGAAUCAACAUCGUGAUUUGUCCCACAGCAGUGAAAACAGUGAACUAGGAGUUCUACAUCUGCAGAUGCAUCAUAAUAACCAAAGCAAUUCUCCAUCAAUGCCUAGUGAUCUUCAAUCAAGAUCAGUCACAUCCUUUAGCAAAGGAGAGGUGAAUAUUAUUGUUAGCCACCAGCUAAAUCCAACUAACCCCAUUGUUCAAGAAGCUGUAAGUGAACAUCCUACAAUAAGAGAUUCUGUGGUGUCUGAAUCCAGCCCAGAUGGGGAUGAUGUAACCUCUAGUAGCCAGCUGCAACUGUUACAACAGGUCAGCCUGAUUGCUCCAACCCAACAGACAAUAUCCCAGAAUGAAACUGAAACUAGCUCAUCUUUAGAACAGGAAGGCCCUUUACUUAGCCCAGUUGAUUCAAGUUCUACAGAAAAUCUUCAUCAGGCUCUAAUGCAGACCACACCAGAUGCUAGCCAGGAAUCUUCAAACAACCAAUCAUUCAUCACUGAACCUACAAUCAAUUGUUCAGAUCUGGAUGGCUUCAAUGCCCUCAUUCAAGAGGAAAGCAGAGAAGUCACUGUAGUUAGUGAUUCUAACCAAACUGUUGCUACUGCCUCCUCAUCCUCAACAUCGCCUAUCUUCUCCUCCUCAUCACCUCAGAUUGAGGAAUCUAAACAAACCUAUUCUCUUGUUCCAGCAGGUGCUCCAUCCAGCGUUACUUGCUCAGUAUUACAAAUCCCAUCUCAUAACUCUCCAGCUACAGAAUUUCCCUCCCAGUCUGAGGAAACUAACAGUCUUUUGGUAUCCAGUAUUGGCAUCAGCACUUCAGGAGUGAUUAUACAGAGUCUUCCAGUGGUUGUUUCCACAGCACAGCCACAGCCAUCUGAUGAUCAGCUCUCUGAGAGGGCUUUCUAUUCUGAGUGCAGUGCUCCAUCAGCCUUAGUGCUACAGGAUACCUCUCAGCUUUCUGAUUGACAACCAAUGCACCCCACCUCCGGUGCAAAAAACAGAAAACCUACCUGUUCUCUAACUGAAACUCAAAGGUGGGCAAUGUAGUAUGGGUAUAUUUCUGGUAUGGAGCCCCAGUGUAAUUAACUGAAAUUCAGUGAUGAAGUAGAAUCCGGUGUUGUUUGCUAUGUUCUGUAGACAGCUCUAGUCCCGCAAGUGUGGUUAUUUUGCACAGUUGCCUUUGAAGUGCGACCAUCCCCACAACAAACUAUCUUGAUAGUUGUAAUCUGAGAUCCUAGACUCACCUUGCAUCUGCUGUUAAAGUUAGCAGAGGUUAGAUUUAAAUCUUGACCUUAGUUAAUAAUUCAGAAUAUUAAUUACUUUGUUCUUGGGUGAGUUCAAUACUUAGUUGCUCAUUGCAAGUAUACACUCCAAAAUAGAAGGAAGAGCAAAAGCAUCAGUGAAUCAUAUUCUCUUUCAUGUUUGUCUGAUCAAACAGCUUAUUGAUAAAUCAUACUGAAUGAUGAAGGGAGUAUGGUAAGUAAGGGUAGGGAGCAAGUGCAGGCGUUUGUGAACCUUUCAAGCUUUUGUCCUUAUGGAGUUAGCAUUAACUAAAUCAGCAUCAGAACUGGGUAUUCAAGAACUGGGGAGUUGGGAAGAAUUCAUAAUUAAAGUUAUUAUCUUCAGUGAAUAUGUGUUUGCCAUGGGCUAUUCAUUCAUAAUCUUUUGACUGCUUGGGUUCACAGAUUACAGAUCUUUAUGAACAAAAGUAUUCAAAAAGUAAACAAUAGGUUUUAUCCAAACAAUUCCUGAGCAAAAAUACUCAAGGAAAAACAAAAGAUUUUCAUAUUAAGUGGCAUCAAAUUAUUUUACUCAAGUAGGUAAUGUAAACUGCACCACCUGGAGGGAGAUAAAAUUGAAGCUAAAAGGGAUAAAGUGUACAAAGCUAAUGGAGAUUGUUCCUCAUGCAGAAUAUAAUUCUCUCAUGAUUUUGCUUCUCCUAUUUCUUCCAUUCUAAUUGAAUCUAAUAAUGAACACAAUCAUUCUAUAAUGGAUUUAAUUUUAAUCUGAAGUUAAUUAAACCACUAAAUUACAGCUACCAAGCAUCUGACUGCGUUUGAAGCAGGAUAAGUUUUUAAUGAAUCAUCAACUGGAUGCAGCAAGCAUGUAUAAAAUUCUUAUACUUUAAUUGGGGUAGAGCUUGUAUAGCUUGAGUUGUAACUAUUCCGUGAAUGCAACUGCAAACAAAGCUAGAUAAUAAAAGUUUACCAGUACAAGAAGUAUAAUCUGUGGAGUGUGCUGUAUCAAGUUAAACAUUAUUUUGAAAUUAGAGGUUUAUAAGAUUCAUUAUCAAACUCCAAUAAUGAGGAAAAAGAAACAUGUGUCAAUAACUAACAGGGAUCAAUAAACUGACCUUGAGUUAUCUCAGCAUCCUUGCUUAAAUCAUUAUGUAAUCCAAGCACAAAGCAAUUAAUUGUCUUCAGAGAACAGAAAACUUUGAGUGUAUAUGAAGUGCCUGUGGAACUUCAAACAACCAAAUUUCUUGAGUCAUUUGUGCCUGUCCAUCAAAUUUGUGUAAAGGCAUCUCAGAACUUUCUAACUCUUGGAAAGUUAAUGAAACAGUGCACCCUGUGGUUGGACAGGGAAUUGCUGAUACCAACUGAAGGAUUUCAGUCUUGAUGCAGGACUUGAUUUGAAAAAUUGAUUAUACCUCUGCCACUAAGUUCCUCCAGCAGUUUUAACUCCAGAUUCCAGCCUCAGCCGUUUCUUGUGUCUAUAGUUCAGCAUUUAUCUGUAUAUUGAAGAUCCUAAGUUUCAUAGAGCAGCAGUGAGAGGAUGCAAAAUGUCAGUCAUUAAGAAUUUAAAGUCUAUCCUAAUACAUCAAUUUUUGUUACAUGUCCUUGAAAUUAAAGUGAAGCUUUUUGAUAUGAUAGGAUUUCUUUUUGAGUUUAUGUUAGCUGUGUCAUCCAAGCUAGUGAAAACUAUUCCUUCCCAAUCCUGACUUGUAGAUGGUAGAAAAGCUUCAGAGAUAAUUCUCUGAAUGCUUAUUGUGCAUACAGUGAUGGUAAUAUCAUUAAAUGCCUAGGAUCGGCAAACUCUUUCACUGGAGACAGUUACUCUGGCAUGAAUAUUACUUACCACUUAUCAGCCUAUGCUUUAAAUAUUGUCUGGUCUUGAUAUAGGCUUUAUUAGACUGUAUCAUUGUACAAUCACCCUCAGGCUUCCACACUCCUGAUCUUAUCACAGAAGGAUUUUUAUUGAUGAAACAGUUGAGAUGGUCUCUGCCUUGAGGAGCUCCUUUAGUGAUGUCCUCAAGUUGGGCUUUAAACCAGGGACCAGUCUGAUGUCUUCACUAAGCAAAGGGAUGCCUCUCAGGAAAAUAAAACUGCUGACUUCAAUGGAUUGAUGCAACCCAGAAGCAACUAGCACUUCUUCUGGAGCUAGAGCAGAAGGAUGUUCUUCAUAUACUACAACAGGUUGCUUCCUUUGCAAGAGCUGUGAGAUCUGAACAGACUUUGUCCCUGUUGCCAGACAGGAGAUAGCACACAAGAACUGGCAUUUCUUUUUCAAGAACAGAAGCAUGCACCUCUUCACAGACCUCUUCAUUGUGAGGAAGGCCCUGCUCAGAUUACACCCAGCUGACACCAAGGCACAAAGUGAAGCUUUGAAUUUAAUUGAGUUGACUUUAUUACUUACAUCCUUCAACUAUAUAAGGAGUAAAGAUCUUUAUGUUAUGCCUCUGUCUAAAUGUGCUAUUAUAAAUAUUACGUACAAAAGGAUAGCCCAUAUAAUACAGAAAUACAGUUGCAUCAGCAUGAAUUAAGCAGUCUGAUGACUUGGUGGAAGAAAUUGUCCCGGAGCCUGUUGGUCCUGGCUUUUAUGCUGCAGUACUGUUUCUCAAAUGGUAUCAGCUGAUACAAUUUGUGGUUGGGGUGACUCGGGUCUCCAAUGAACCUUCAGGCCCUUUUUAGAUGCUUGUCUUUUUUAAAUUGUCUGAAAAGUGGAAAGGUCAAGUCUACAGAAGUACUGGAUUGUCUGCACCACUCUCUGCAGGGUCCUGUGAUUGAGGGAAGGACAGUUCCCUUACCAGGCAGUGAUGCAGCCAGUCAGGAUGAUCUCAAAUGUGCUCCUAUAGAAAGUUAUUAGAAUUUGGGGCCCAUACCAAACUUCUUCAACCGUCUGAGGUGAAGGAGGCGCUCUUGUACCUUUUUCACUACACAGCCAGUAUGAACAGACCACGUGAGUUCCUCAGUGAUGUUUAUGCUGAGGAACUUAAAGCUGUUCACCCUCUUAACCCUAGAUCCAUUGAAGUCAAUAGGGGUUAGCCUGUAGUUCACAACCAGCUCCUUUGUUUUUGCGACGUUGAGGGAGAGGUUGUUUUCUUGACACCACUGUGUCAGGGUGAUGACUUCUUCUCUGUAGGAUGUUGAAAUUGCCAAAUGGAUAAGGUGCUAACAUAUGUAUCUCUUCUGUCAAAUAUCAUGGCUUUCUGUUUAGAUAUAGUUAGAUUUUGCUUUGAUAUAAACAGUUGAUGAUGAGUGCUUCUCACCUCAAUGGGGUACAUACUGCAGGCCACCCAAUAUAAGCAAUAGAAUUACAUCAUUAGGAGCCAGUUGUGGUUUUGAAAAUUAUUCUCAAUGUAUUGACACCUAAUUCUGUGAGUGGGGGAAGAACUAAGGAACAUCAGAAAUGUAAGGUAGCCCUGACUCUUAGGAUUCAUCCCUUCAAGCAGAGUUUGUCUGUGGAAAUGUCUUGCAAUGUGUAUUCCUUAAUGACUAAUGAGUUGUGAAUACUGCUAGAAAUCAUGGCAUUCACCAUGACAAAAUUCUUCACAAGAUCCGCAGAGGAAAAUAUUUGGGUAAUUAAAGGGAGACAUGAAGGGUACAAGAGUAUUCUCAAUGGUGGAAACCUGGUAAUGCUGAAAAAUCAUAGCACCUGAGAUGUCACCUUCUUCUGACCUAAAUCAACACCAAAAAAAAUCAUUUGUCUGGAUGACUUACCUGCAAUUGAAAAAUAAGCCAAUCAGGACCAAUCCAAUGCCCAUGGAAUUGAGAGUCACUGUCAUCUGGACUACAUGGAGAGGGCAAUCCAGACACUAAUCUGCACUCAAAUAUUGCCUUUCUCAGUGCUGACUGAUUAGCCUGUGAACGCAUUGUUUAUAGUUGAUGGAGUCUUUCUGAAGAUCCUGGGCACAGGCUCUGUGCUGAUUGGUGUGUCUCUGCUUCCUUCCUGAGAUUUCCCACUCUCCCUCAGUCUCCAGUACAUGGAAUGCAGCCUGUAAUGUCAUCACAGAGGUAACUAGUGAAUGAGGAGCCCAUCAGGCAGAAGUUCCCUCUUAAUUGACGCACAUUCUCCUGAGAUCAGAUAUUUCUGAAGCUGCCUGGUCAAUUAUCUUAAUAUCAGUUGACUGUCUAUAGUGAGGUAAAAAUUUAACAUGGUGCUUCUUGAUCAUGAGCAGUAGUGUGUUAUAAAUAAUGCAGUGAUUAGACAAGCCCCUGAUGUCUGGCACGGCAUAGACAUGCUGGUAUGGUUGCAGAUAGAAUUGUCUGGUCCUUUUUCCAUUUGGUGCAAUUGCACAAAAUGAUUGGUCAUAUUGUCUAUUCAAAAUAAAUUUGAUUUUAUAGAAUGUUAAUGCUUAAAAACCCGGCACUACACCACUCAGUGUAUAGAUUUUUUUUAAACUUGCUCAAUAGAAGUAAGUCUAGCCACUAUAAAAUUUACCUUAUGAUUCAGAGUUUAGAAGUCUGCUGAUUUAACCUGAUCAUUUUGAAAUACAAGCCAUGAGAUUAAGUUGAUGAGAUACUGCCUCUUAAAUUCUUUCCAGAUUGUUUCCUGGAAUAAAAUUUCACUGGGGUUGGCUCGCUGCCAUGACUAGUUCGAGUUAGUCAACUUUAUGGACCAUUCAACUGACUCAUACCUCCUGAGAUUUAUGUAUGUCUGGCUGACAUGCAUAACUAGGUUAAAGCUUUACAGUUGGAUCUAACCUGCAUAAGACUUACAAUAUAAAGUUUAUAGUAGCAUUUUUCCAUUGGUAUUAAUAAACAUACUGUAGUUCAGGGGUGUCAAACUCAUUUUCGGUCACAGGCCGGAUUGAGAAAAAUGCGACUUCAUGCGGGCCGGAUCAGUUGUGCAAGCGCGCGUGCUCCCACAGCUUUUGUUGCCUUCAUUUUUUCAACCUGCUCUCAUGUGUCUCAGUCUCUGCUAUAUCUAAAAUUGUUUCACUUUACGAAUUUCAUUUUUUAUGAAGCAGAUUGCCUAGCAAGCAUUCUUUUUAUGAUUGGUAUUA